AUGAUUACAACACUGAACGACUCGGUCCCCGGGACGAUUCAUCUCAUUGAUCUCGAUCAUUCGAUGCAGACGAAGCAUUCAGGUAAUGGAGAUAUUGUGCUUGUGCCCACACCCUCAUCCGACCCCGAGGACCCGCUCAACUGGGCACCACGUCGCAAGCUGUUAUCAACAAUCUGCGUCAACCUAUACACCUUCUCUGUUGGCCUGAUAUCUGCGGCGAUCGCCUCCGUUUUGGUUCCACUGUCCGAAGCAAGUGGUGUCUCAGUAAGCAAUCUUAAUGCCGGAACUGGAUAUGUUUUUCUCCUUUGCGGCUGGGGCUUGCUAUUCUGGCAACCAUUCGCUUUGCGAUAUGGAAAGAGAUUAACCUACCUGAUAUCGAUGGUCGGCACCGUGGCGUGCUUGGUUUGGAGUCCCUUUGCCCAUAGUAAUGGAGAGUGGAUUGCAAAGUGCGUGGUAUCGGGAAUUCUGGCUGCACCUAUUGAGGCCCUGCCAGAAGUUUCCGUUACUGAUGUGUACUUUACCCACGAACGCGGAUUGUACAUGGGUUUUUAUAGCCUAACGCUUUCGGGAAGUGCGUUCUUUGCACCUGUCAUCAGUGGAUUUAUUGCCGACCAUGCUGGGUGGAAAUGGGUCUUUUACGUACCCGCCAUCUGGUCUGCAGCUGUGACCGUGUUUCUCUUUCUCUUCAUGGAAGAAACCAACUAUCAGCGCCCAUAUGUCGGCGUGGUGCAAACUUUUGAACCUGCGAUAUCUGAACAAGGGGAUGAAAAAAAACCCAAUUCUGCUACUACGACUGAUGACGCGCCAGUAACUUCAUUCAGUACUACGAAAACCUUUAUUCAGAAACUUUCAUUGUGGCAGACAUGUGCUGGGGAGAAUCCGUUCAAAUCAGCAGUCCAGAUUUUGAAAUAUCUCAGUUGGCCCGUUAUAUUCUACGCUGGAUUCUCGUACGGUAGUUAUCUGAUAUGGUUCAACGUGAUGAAUGCGACAGCGUCAAUCAUCCUUGGGGGGGCCCCAUAUAACUUUAGCUCCUCCAUGAUAGGCUUAAGCUAUGUUUCUUGCUGUCUGGGCGUUAUCGCCGCGGCUCUCUUCACGGGGCGGUUCAGUGACUAUCUUACCAUCAAACUCGCUCGGCGCAACAACGGUAUUAUGGAGGCAGAGCAACGACUAUACCCAUUCAUUCUUACAACUGCAAUUGUCCCUGGAGCUCUGAUUCUUUGGGGUGUUGGAGCAGCCCAUGCUGUACACUGGUUUGGUUUGAUCGUGGCGAUGUUCCUGCUAUCGUUUAGUAGUACUACUGGAAUAACACUUAGUGUUAAUUAUCUCAUCGAUAGUUAUCACGGAAUCAGCGGAGAGGCCAUGGCAACAGUCAUUAUUGUACGCAACACCAUGUCUUUUGCAAUUGGUUAUGGUAUUACCCCAUGGAUCGACAACAUGGGUUAUGAUCAUAUGGGGAAAGUCGUUCAGGCAGCGCCGGAGUGA